AUGGCAAGGAGCGACGAUAGCUCAAGCUACCCGGGACCGGGUUGUAAGGAAAGGCGAGAAAGGGAGAAGAAAAAACGCGACACCAAGCUGGCAGGCAACCGUGCUAAUGCAAUUCUAACGAAAGGAGAAGAGAAAACGGAAGAGAGAGGGAGACGAAUUGAACGGGAUGGAGAUGGAGAUGAAGGAGAAGAAGAAUUGGCGGUCGAGCUGUUUGCACUGUUUGCAGAAGAAGAAGAAGAAGAAGAAGAGAAAAAACAAGAGAGAGAAGAGAAAGUGACAGCUGCAACGUCCGAUGGUGAGCUGCUAACCAAGGGUUCAUUCCUGCUCUAUAACGGCAUCGGUUCCUUUCUACUGGCUGGCGACCCCGAUAUCCAAAUAUGUUUUGUCUUAGAAGGUAUGCAGAUAUAUCCCGUAUGCUUGGACUCCUCUAUGGUACGGCCUUGGAACGACGACGGCUAA